UUUUUUUAUUCAAGAAUGCUGAUGUGCAAUGACAGUGGACAAUAUGCUCACGUGACGACUACGCACGUGUGUAUUCUCUGUUAUGCACUUCUCACAGUACAGUUGUUAUUACGAGUGUCCCGAUUGCGCAAUAAAAUCUUAGCAUUCGAAGAAAAGAUGACAUGUUUAUUGGGAGUUUGUGAUACUAAGAUUCCUUCCAAUUACUCACCAUCUUCUCAUACCAACAAAAUUGGUGGAACUCCUAACUGGCCAGAUAAUGUACAGAUGUCCAUACCAAGUUGUCAGGUUUGUAAGAAGGAGCAGUUCCUUGUUGUUCAGCUGUACUGUUGUUUAGAAAAAUCCAUAUACCACAGGACCCUGUAUGUGUUUGCUUGUGGUAACCCAGCCUGCUGGAAUAAUGAACAAAGCUGGACAGUUUACAGAUGUCAGAGUGCUGAUAGUAAUCAACUCGAGUCACCAUCUCAGUCUGUUCCGAAGGAUAACUUGGAGUCGGGCAACAAAUCUGCUAGUCAUGAUUGGGGUGUAGAUGCUGAUGAUUGGGGUGUAGAUGCUGAUGACUGGGGUGAAGAUGCUGAUGAUUUGGGUGUGGAUGCUGACGACUGGGGUAAUAGCUCUGGUGGUGCAGAUGUACAAACCAAUGAUGCAGAUGUUGAUGAACAUCUGGGUUCUAUAUCCAGUGAAGGAUCUGCAAUUCCACAAGACAAUGAUGGUAGAAAGAAAUGUAGACCAGAUGUUGAUGCAGACUGUGUGGACAUGAAGCAGCUUUGCCUUGAUGAUGUCACAGAUGAUGCUACAAAUGAUGUCACAGAUGAUGACAUGGCAGAAGAUAAACCAAGUAACCCCUCACAUGUUCUGGCAGAAGAUAUGCCAUCUUUGUCAGAGCAAGAAAAAUUGAACCUUCUUCACACUUUUAAUGCCUCAAGUUCAAACAACAAUGCUGCAGACAAAGUUUUAGAAUCAUCGUUCAUAAAUGUGUUUGAAGAGCCAUGUGGUCUUGUUGAAGAUAAUCAUCAUGUAGCAAAGUUGAUAAAAGACUACCAGAAAAGGGAAGGUUGCAAUCUGAAAGAAAUGUUAAAUGAUUUAAACUGUGUUGGAGGCAGUAAAACAGAAAAUUAUGAGAAAACAGCCUUGCUGCACAGGGAUUUUAUGUUCCAUAAGUUUAUAAAGAGAUUGUCAGCUUGUCCUGAACAGUGUAUCAGGUAUGAAUGGAAUGGAUCAGCCUUACUGAAUAGUUACCCAUCCAGCAAGUUACCAAGUACUUGUUGCCACUGUGGAGGAGAAGUUGUAUUUGAGUUACAGCUUACUCCUGCAUUAAUCAAUCAUCUUAGACUCCCCGGUCAAACAGGUUCAGCAGUAGAGUUUGGUACAGUGCUGGUAUAUACAUGUAAACAGAGCUGCUGGGAUGAGUCAGACUCUUACAGAACUGAAUAUGCUGUUGUUCAGACAGACCCUGAUCAACAUUUAUUUAAAAACAACUAAAUUCUAGUUAAUGUGUAUGUGAAUUGACCAACUGUUGCACACAUAUUGUUGGAAAUAAAUGAAAAUGUUGGA